AUGGGAGUUUUUCUCCACUUUUUCUUUGUCUCUGUGGCUCUCUUUUACGGACAAGUCCUAUCCUGCCCAAAUGAUCAAUGCCGUAUAUUGGCAUUUCCAUCCACUUUGUUCUUCGUGGGAGAACGUCUUAUUAACCACACCAUAGCAAACAUCAGUGUGAUUGACAGGGAUACGUGUGAAUAUCGUUGCUACUUGGACCACAACUGCGUCAGUGUUAACUUUUAUUUUGGAGAAAACGGUGCAGAACCACACAACUGUGAACUGAAUAACUCAACGAGUAAAGAGUAUGAUAAAGAUCUGGUGAAAGCAGCGAACUACGUGUACCACGGAACCAAGAAUUUUUGCGCUCAAGCUCCAUGUAAAAAUUACGGCACCUGCCAGUCGGGAUUUACAAGAAAACGAUAUCGAUGUUUAUGUGCGUCUGGAUUCACUGGCCACGACUGUGAGGAAGACAUCGGCGAAGAUGCUGAGAAUACCUCCAACAGUAGCAAUGAAAACGCUAUUUGCGAAAAUUCCGGUGGAUCUUCGAAGUGUAUAUGUAAACCUGGAUUCAGUGGGGAUGGACACAACUGUACAGACAUCGAUGAGUGUGCUGAAGAUCCCCACAGCUGUAACAAGGACAAUGCCACAUGUAAAAAUACCGAGGGAUCGUUCAAAUGCUCUUGUAAGCCGGGAUUCAUUGGGGAUGGACACAGCUGCCGAGGCUUAUUAGGCUUCGUUCCCGAGAUGCCUGCCGAGUCUUGUGGAGAGAUCAAAGCUAGCGAACGAAGGAUGGCUGUCAGCGGUAGAUAUUGGCUGGAGCCCCAGGAGACAAACAUGAAAUCCAAGAAGUUUUUGGUAAUUAAAUUAUUAUUCUUCAAUCAUGGGUUAUUCAAGAAAAGAUAG